GAAAAAUUUGAAAUCGUCAAUUUGGAUAUGAAGGCUGGGGACACACUGAAGAUCAAGGGCCAGAUAGCCAAUGAUGAGGACAGCUUCAGCAUCAAUCUUGGCUCCAGCUCCUCGGAUCUGGCAUUUCACUUCAGUCCCCGCUUCGAUGAGGCUGUCAUCGUCUGCAACUCCAGGUGCUCCGAUGCCUGGCAGGAAGAGCAUCGUGAUAACCACAUCUGUUUCUCCAAGGGCUCCACUAGCAAGUUCUUCAUUGAAAUGCUGGCAGACAAAUUCCAAGUGAGACUACCAGAUGGGCAUCUAAUGGAGUUCCCCAACCGGCAUGGCUACGACAAGAUCAGGUACAUGAGUGUCCACGGAGGCUUCAGGGUCACCUCCUUCAAGCUGAACUGA